AGGCUCUUGCUUGCGGGCUGUUCAAUAAUCCAAACAAUCAAGAUUCUUCGAAGUUUCCUUCGUCAAAUUAGACAAAUCCUCUCUGCUAAGUAAUUCUCUCUCUCUCUCUCGUCUACAUCCUUCCCGUUAAAAAAUGUAAAUAAAGAGAAGCGAGCCUUGUGGUACUUUCAAACCCAUCUGAAUUCGCAUUCGGUGCGAUGGGGCAACAACAAUCCAAAGAGGAGUUACUCUACGAGAAUGCUCUCAAUGGAAACAUUGAAGCUGUCAAAUCCCUUUGCAGUGAGGGUGCAGGCCUCGAGUGGGUUGACAAAGACGGAAAGACCCCGCUCAUUGUGGCUUGUAUGGAUCCUGAACGAUUUAUUUCGGCGAAGACUUUGAUCGAACUAGGUGCAAAUGUCAACGCUUACCGUCCAGGGCUUCAUGCUGGUACUCCAUUGCAUCAUGCCGCAAAAAGAGGCUUGGAUCAUACUGUUAAGUUGCUUUUAUCCCAUGGAGCAAAUCCUUUGGUGAGAAAUGAUGAUGGUCAAACUCCACUUACUGUUGCUAGAUCAAGAGGGUUCGUCAAUGUAGUUCGUGCAAUUGAGAAUCAUAUUUGCUUUUUCUCCGGCUGGUUGAGGGAGUUUUAUGGUCCAAGCUUUCUUGAAGCAUUUGCUCCGCAGUUGUUAUCAAGGAAGAUUUGGGCUGUCGUUGUACCUUGUGGUUCACAUAAUCCACAGAAGCCUCUGAAAUUGGAGCUAGUCAUUUAUUCUUCUUUGCAGGAUGCCCAGCCUCGUACAGUUGUUGCUUUGUGGAAGGCUGAUAUUGAGGAACUAAAAUUCCACCAAUCGGAUGCCACUCUGAUAAUUUUCGACAAAUUCUCAAGAUCAUGUUCUUCCAUAACAGAAACUCGAUACAAGUUUGCAUCUGCCAGUGGUUGCGACAAGCAGCAAAUUGAAUUAUUAUACAAUGCCUGCAGAGGAAUUCCUCAGGUUAUGCCACCGCAAGUACCACAUGAUAGCGAAACUUCAGCUCCAAUAACUGAAAGUCAAACUGCUGCAGAAGCUGCGGAACUAGCAAUGGCAAUAAACGCGUCUAUUCAGUCUGCUAUGGAAGAUAGACUACUGUUUCGGCCCAAUGACCACCCAACCUCUGGUGCUAAUAUUGUAAAUGGUUGGGGGGCCACUACAAAUGACACCAGUCAAAAUGGAUUGGGAUCGUUUGGUGGGUAUCCACCUUCAGAAGCAAGCAGCAGUGGAUGGAUGGAUAAGCCAACUACAGAAGAGCACAACGGAUGGGGAGUGCCCGAAUCCACACCCACUAGGAAUCCGAUUCAAGCUGCUUAUACGCCAACUCGAGUAGAGUUCAACGGAUGGGGAGUCCCUGAAUCCACCAGUAACAAUCCGAUUCAAGCUACUUCUACACCAACUAGAGAAGAGCACAAUGGUUGGGGAGUGCCCGAAUCCACGUCCACUAAGAAUCCGAUUCAAGCUACUCACACACCAAAUACAGAAGAGGACAUUGGAUGGGGAGUGGCCAAAGCCACGCCCAGUAGUAAUCCUAGUCAAGCUAUUUAUACUCCACAUAAUAUUCCUCCUCCAGUCCAAACACCAAAUCCAAUUCCUGUAUUGGCUUCUUCGGCUCCUUCAGCUCCUCCGCUUCAUGUAGGGGAUAUAUAUGAUGGUCCCAUUCAUUAUCCCUCCAUUGAUUACAGCCCUGUGGACUUUUCUGUUCCCUGUGUGGAGCAGGAAGCUUCUACAAGUAGCGAAGCUAAAGAUGGAGACGAGGACAGUUCUUCCUCUUGUGUGAUAUGUUGGGAAGCUCCAGUUGAGGGUGCGUGCAUUCCCUGUGGUCACAUGGCUGGUUGCAUGUCUUGUUUGGACGAGAUAAAAACCAAGAAAGGGGAUUGCCCUGUUUGCCGAGCUAAGAUAAUUCAGGUCAUCAGAAUCUAUGCUGUUUGAGGAACAAAACUGGACCUCGUGCUCUUAGUUUUGCAGGUGAAGAUGUCUCCCUUGAAUUUUUUUACGGGUUCUUUGCAGUAUACAUGUGGCACACACACUGUUUGUUUAUUACUGUAUAUGAGGUCUAUUUCUUGAGUCAAAGCGUCCAUGAUUGUACGCUAACACGUUUUUACCCCAGUAUAUAUCUGUUGUGUUUGAACCCAAAGUGAAGCUGUUUUGUGCUUAAUAUUUUCUGCCAAUUCUUCACUAGUGUUUCAGUUCUUCCCAAA